UCCGGACCGGGUGCCUGCUCCUAGGAGGACGCGUUGCCGCUCACUGCUCCCCUUCCCCGGGGCCCCGGGGCAGCCCCGCGGUUCUGGAGCCGGGGCGGGGCCUGUGCGUCAGCGGGCCUAGAAAAAGCAGGGAGCCGGACCUAGCGAGGUGACAGCUGCGCUAGAACACGGCCGAGCCGGACGCCGCCAUGAGCUCUGCCCUUUUCAGCCUAGACGGCCCAGCCCGCAGCGUGUUAUGGCCCUCGGAUCCUGCGCCCUUCUACGAGCCUGGCAGGACCGGCAAGCCGGCCCGCCUGACCGAGCCGAGCGCUUCUGUCCCCGCCAUGUACGAUGAUGAGAGCGCCAUAGACUUUAGCGCCUACAUUGACUCCAUGGCUGCGGUGCCCACCCUGGAGCUGUGCCACGACGAGCUCUUCGCCGACCUUUUCAACAGCAACCACAAGACGGGCGCGACGGGCGCGACGGGCGCGACAGGCGGGACGGGCACAGCGAGCCCGCUGGAGCUGCUGCCUGGGGGGAACCUCACACGAACUCCGAGUAACGCAGCCCCGCGACCACUGAAGCGCGAACCGGACUGGGGCGACAGCGACUCGCCUGGCUCACUGCUGCCUGCGCAGGUGGCCGCGUGCGCACAGACCGUGGUGAGCCUGGUGGCCGCUGGGCAGCCAACACCACCCACGUCGCCGGAGCCGCCACGGGGCAGCCCGGGGCCGAGCCCCGCGCCCAGCCAGGCCCGGGAGAAGACCUCCGGCAAGAGGGGCCCCGACCGCGGCAGCCCGGAGUACCGACAGCGGCGAGAGCGCAACAAUAUCGCGGUGCGAAAGAGCAGGGACAAGGCCAAGCGGCGCAACCAGGAGAUGCAGCAGAAGCUAGUGGAACUGUCGGCCGAGAACGAGAAGCUGCACCAGCGCGUGGAGCAACUCACGCGGGACCUGACUGGCCUCCGGCAGUUCUUCAAACAGCUGCCCAGCUCUUCCUUUAUGUCGGCAGCUGGGGCCUCGGACUGCCGGUAACGCUGGUACCCGGGGUUGGGGCGCGGGGAGACUCACCACAACCCAUACCUCAUACCCGACGGACGCUGCGAGAGCCACUAGGCGCCGGCUACAGUUUCUUUGGAACGUGUGAGUGAAAGGAAGCUCCAGCCUGGACUUGGCUACCACUGAACUUCGAGAGAAGCUAUACAUGUUUAUUUUCCCUUAAAUUAUUUUUAUAAUGGUAGCCUUUUCUACAUCUUACUCUUAUUGAUGCAGCUAAGGUACAUUUGUUUAAAAAAAAAGACUUAAGACAACCCUUUGUAUUGUAGAUAAGAGGAAAGCAUGCCCACUUUUUUUUAUAUUAAUUUUUACAGUAUUUGUAAGAAUAAAGCAGCAUUUUAAACCACCCUGA